AUGACUACGGCUAAGUGCAAUACCCUCAGCGUCUCUACGAGAGACGUUGUAGGUUACCUUCCCAUUGAGAACUACGGCAUCAUCGGAAACAUGAGGACGUGCGCAUUGGCGAGCAUGGAUGGCAGUAUAGACUUUGACUCCCCAUCCGUAUUCUGCCGCCUCCUCGAUAAGGACAAGGGUGGCUACUUCAGCAUCGCCCCUCCCAAACCUACGUCCUACACGACCAAGCAGCAGUAUCUUCCGUCCGCGGCUAUUCUGCAGACACGUUACAUCAACGAAGAUGGCGUCGUUGACGUCGUCGAUUUCUUCCCGCGCCCGAAAACGGCCAAAGUCCUGUCCACGAAGCACAAGCACAACGCGUACCGCGAGACCAAGAGCGUAUACGAGGAGCUGAAGAAGUGGCUCGUACGCCGGGUCGAGUGUAUACGCGGCCGGAUGUCCCUAGACGUCGACGUCUUCCCAGCUUUCGACUAUGCCAGAGAGCCUCAUGCUACCACCAUACUUCAGAAUGCCUGCACAACGGAGGGUCUCCAGAGUAAAACCGUCACGUUCCAUAGCAAGAGCCUGAAGCUGCAGCUCGAUGUGACGAUCGACUGCGGCGGCCGAGAAUCGGCCCCGAGUCUCGUCUUCAAGAAGGUACAGAAAGAUUCCAUGAUGGGCGAGGGCGUGGCCGCCAGCUUCGUCCUCCGGGAAGGACAGGCGAUUUCCUUCGUGAUCCGGGAGGACAUACCAAACCACGUGACGGAAAACAUUACGAGCUCCAUUCUCGACAGCCAACAGCACGACACGCAGACCUACUGGCUGAACUGGCUCUCCAAGAGCAGUUACAAGGGUGCCUGGCGCGAGGUGAUCAUGAGGAGCCUCAUGAUACUCAAGAUGUUGACAUACGAACCCACGGGGGCCAUAGUGGCAGCUCCCACUUUUUCAAUCCCCGAAGCCAUCGGUGGUGUAAGAAACUGGGACUACCGCUUCUCCUGGGUCCGUGACUCCAGCUUCACCAUCUACAUCCUCCUGCGCAUGGGCUUCACGGACGAGGCGGACGCGUACAUGGAGUUCAUCAGCGACCAGGUCCGGAAGGCUACGCAGGCGGGCGGCGACCUGCCGAUCAUGUUUACCAUCAGGGGGGACACGGAAAUACCUGAGGAGGAGCUCAACCACCUAGACGGGUACCGGGGCAGCAAGCCCGUCCGCAUAGGGAAUGGGGCGGCGUUCCAUAAGCAGUUCGAUAUCUACGGCGAACUGAUGGACGCCAUAUACCUCUACAACAAGUACGGGAAGCCUAUCUCGUGGGAUACCUGGGUCUCCGUCCGCAAGAUGCUUGACCACGUCCUGACCAUACUUGACCAGCCGGAUAUGUCUAUAUGGGAAGUCCGCAAUAAUAAGCAGCACUUUGUGUACUCAAAGGUGAUGCUCUGGGUGGCGUUUGACCGCGGUCUCCGCCUCGCCGAGAAGAGAUGUCUGCCCUGCCCGAACCGGCAGAAGUGGCUGGACGCGCGGGACGGCAUCUACGAAGAAGUGAUGGAAAAAGGGUACAACAUGGAGAUGGACAGCUUCGUCCAGAGCUACGAGAACAACACGAUGAUCGACUCGUCGAUCCUGGUCGCGCCGCUAGUCUUCUUUAUCCCGCCCAACGACCCGCGCUUCCUCAACACGGUCGACCGGAUUCUCCUGCCGCCAGACAAGGGCGGGCUCACGAGCGCCGGCCUCGUCUACCGCUACAACACUGAAUUAUCGCAGGACGGCGUCGGCGGGCACGAGGGCGCCUUCAGCAUGUGCACGUUCUGGCUGGUGGAGGCGCUGACGCGCGCGUCGGCGUACGAGCCGGGGUACCUGGGGCGGGCGGUCAACCUGUUCGAGAACGUGCUCGGGUUCUCGAACCACCUGUCCAUGUUCUCGGAGGAGAUCGCGCGCUCCGGCGAGCAGCUCGGCAACACGCCGCAGGCCUUCUCCCACCUCGCGCUCGUCAGCGCCGCCUUCAACCUCGACCGCGCCCGCUCCUUCGCCCGCAAGUGA